GUAUGGACGGGUUAGACGGACAGACAAAUCCCUUUAUGGACCUGGACCAGGGAGGAAAGUGUCAGGCUUACUACAUCUGGAUAGACGGAUCCGGCCAGUUCCUCAGAGGCAAGACCAAAACAUUGAUGGAGCCCACCAUGGAUCCCGACACACUGCCUGUUUGGAACUUCGAUGGAAGCAGCACAAACCAAGCCCUUGGGGAGAACAGUGAUAUCUACAUAAAGCCUGUAGCCUGCUUCAAAGACCCCUUCAGGCGAGGAGACAACAUACUGGUGAUGUGUGAAACCCUGGACCACGAGGGAAACGUUCACCCCACUAACAGACGACGCAGCUGUGCUAAUAACAUGGACAAGUGCGCAGACCUCCACCCCUGGUUCGGGAUAGAGCAGGAGUACACCAUGUUUGACUUCACCGGAGUGCACCCUUACGGCUGGCCUGUAAAUGGGUACCCUGGUCCCCAGGGUCCGUACUACUGCGGCGUGGGAUCUGACAAGGUGAAAGGGAGGAAGAUCGUGGAGGCGCAUUACAGAGCCUGCAUGUACGCUGGGAUCAAGAUAGCCGGCACUAACGCGGAGGUGAUGCCUUCUCAGUGGGAGUACCAAGUUGGUCCCUGUGAAGGUAUCGAGAUGGGAGACCACCUCUGGGCAUCCAGGUGGAUCCUCCAGAGAAUAGCGGAGGAGUUCAACGUAGUCAUCAGCUUCGACCCCAAACCUAUUCCUGGGGAUUGGAACGGAGCUGGUUGUCACACCAACAUCAGUACCCUGGCCAUGAGAGAAGAAGGAGGACUGGAAGCUAUCUACGAGGCGAUAGAGUUACUGGGGAAGAAACACAUGGAACACAUAGUGGAGUACGACCCCUCAGGUGGGGAGGACAACAAGAGAAGGUUGACGGGGCUCCACGAGACGGCCAGCAUCAACAAGUUCAACUACGGAGUGGCGCAUCGUGGAGCUAGUAUUAGGAUCCCUCGCCAGGUGGCAGCUGAUGGGAAGGGGUACUUUGAGGACCGCAGACCCAGCAGCAAUGCUGAUCCGUAUCAGGUGACUGACAGGAUCAUCCGAACCAUGUGUCUUGGAGAGUGAACCAUCACGUGCCCAGUGAUGACGUCAUUAUAUACCGCUGACGUCAUCAACAUUUGAAGAGACAAUUAGCAUGAUUAUAAGGUGUAACACUUUAUUCGAAAUAAAUCUUUUAAUAUCUUUACGGUUCUACGCAUGAUUGUGACCUUAUGUGUUGAAAAGUUUGUUGGAUUUGUGUACUUAUUUUAUACUAACUAACGAAUUUCACAUAGGUUUUAUUAAGAUUCUUUUUGUGAAUUAUACUGAAAUUAAUUUUAAUCUUAUGACUAUAUGAUCGUUAUCCGCAUUGAAUAGUUUUAUUAACAUCUUG